AUGAGACUCCCACGAACACCAUCGGUUUUGCUAAAACCCCCACAAGCAUCUUGGGACUCGUGUGAAGUCGACUCUUACCUGGGCAACCAGGAGCUGAGCUACGGUCAGAACAUAUCCUUCUCCCUGAGGCUGGACCGAGGGGUUCGCCACCCGUCCACGGCUGAUGUGGUGCUGGAGGGAUCUGGGCUGAGAGUGGCAGCUUCCCUGGGAGACCUGAGGACCAUCGUCCCCUGUGGACAGAAGAUCACCUACACAUUCAGACUGGAUGAGCAACAGAGCAGUAAAUGGAGGCCCCUCCUGUCAUCUUUCCAGUUUCAAAAACUCCUCCAGAAUCUGACUGCCAUCAAAAUCCGUGGGACAUUUGGGGAAAAUGGGCGCGGUUACCUUGACAAUGUACAUAUGGAGUCUGCCCGUCAGGGGGCCGGUACCCCUGCUGCCUGGGUCCAGAACUGUAGCUGCCCAGUGGGAUACGAGGGCCAGUUCUGUGAGAGGUGUGCUUUAGGGUAUAAGAGAAGUUCUCCAAGCAAAGGCCCAUACAGCUCCUGUGAGCCCUGCAGCUGUAGAGGAGGAAGCUGUGACUCUGAAACAGGAGAUUGCUACUCUGCAGAUGAGACCCCUGGUCGCCAGACCUGCCAGCUGGGGUAUUAUAAUGACCCUGCCCAGCCACGGUCCUGUCUGAAAUGUCCCUGUCCCAAUGGAGCUGCCUGCUCUGUGAGCCCAGGAACCGUGAAGAUCAAGUGUGACCUCUGUCCACCUGGCACCACUGGCUCACGUUGCGACACCUGCCAGGAUGGUUUCUAUGGCAAUCCCUUGGGGGGAAAUGGUGUCCAGAGGCCUUGUCGGCGCUGCCAGUGCAACGGUGUCAGUAGCUGUGACCCGCAGACAGGGGAGUGCCUGAAAUGUCUGAAUCAUACCGCUGGCUUCUUCUGUGAGAGCUGUCUGGAUGGAUAUCACCACAGCAUGCCAUCAGAGGCAUGCAAACCUUGUGGCUGCAAUUCCCAGGGUUCUCUGUACAACAAAUGCAGUGACCAGGGCCAGUGUUCAUGCAGAGAAGGCUUUGAGGGUCUGAAGUGCCAGCGUUCUGCGUGUCCCUCCUGCUUCAACCCUGUCAAGACCAAGAUGGAGGGGUACACUCGUAAACUGCGGGAGAUAGAAACUCUGUUUACGGGUACAGAGAGUGGCAGUCUACCAGUGAACGACGCCCAGAUGGAGAGAGCCAUCAGAGCAGCAGAGGACAUAGUCACAGACCUGCAGAGAAAUGCACAGACACUCUCUGAAUCAGAGAAAGACUUACAGGCCCGGCUCUCAGACAUCAGUACAACCCAGCUGAGUGAAGGCAGAGACAUCCAGGUGAUCUCCAACACCAUCAACAACAUAAAGCUGCAGGACCAGAGGUACCAACGACAGGUCUCUGAUAUCCAGACACUCAUUCAUGAUGUGCGGCGCAAACUAGAAGAGGCAAGACUCAACAUCAAACAAGCUGAAUUCCCUUUAAGUGAUGCAGAAGUGGACACAGACAGCCUCUCUACUCUGGUUCAGAGAGCAACAGGCCUGGCUGACAAACAUCAGAGCAAAGCGGGGACAGUGGAGAAGACAGCAAACAGUGCUCUUGCAGAGUCAGAGAAGUCCCUGGCACUCAUGAGAACUGUCAUGACAAGGGAAAACAAGAUCAGAGAGCUUAUCAGUGAUCUCAAAACCAAGUAUGAUAAGAACUCAGCCCAGGUGAAGGCCAUGGAGAGCCUGGCCACUCGCCUAAGCAGCUCUGCCCAAGAUGAGAGCAGGAUGGCGGCUGACACCCUGGAGCAGAUAGCCUCCCUGGAGCUGAACAUCCCUGGUCCUCUCAAGGACAUUGACAGUGUGGCAGCUAAAUUGGAUGGCCUGAGUGAACGGGUAGAGGAAAACCUCACAGAGUACCAGGCGCUACAAGAGGAGACCCAGGAGGACAAGGCUGCAGUAGAGGACCUCCUGGCCCUGGGGAAGGCAGCUCAACAGGAAUAUGACCAGCUCCUUGCUAGAGCGAAUGCAGCGAAGGCUGACACAGAACUGGCCCUGAAGGCUAUCACAGACAACAUUGAUGGGGUGGAUGAUGCGCUGGAGAUGCUCAGAGGGUUUGACGGCCAGAUCAGCAAGAACAAGGCUUUGGCGGACGAGGCCAUAAAGAGACUCCCUGGCAUAAAUGCCACCAUUCAGCAAGCUGUUGGCAACAACUCAGAGACCUUAUUCAUCAUAGGCAGUGUGUCUGAUGACUACAAUGAUGCACUGGGCACAUUCAGCAGGCUGGAAGAUGUGGUCUCUCGACUGGAGGGAAUGUCCGGCUCUUUACCAGUAGCUCCCGCUGAUCUACUGAAGGACGCCACCAAGCUGAAAGGGGACGUGCAGGACCUGAAGAACCAGGCAGUAGCCACUGUUUCCAAAGUGGCGGCAGAGAGGGCCAAUGCUGAGGGACAGAGAGACAGAGCUGCAGAGGCUUUAAUGGGAGGAACGGGUGCCUACAUCAACGCCAAGCACACUAGAGAUGCAGUGGGAGAAACACUCCUGGUCAUCAAUAACCUCCUGAGCAUGAUCGGUAAGCCAGGCAGUGUGGACGAGGAGAGGCUGGGUGAGUUGGAGCAGUCCAUCUCCAGUGCCCGUGGCCAGGUCAACCAGCAGCUCCGGCCUCGGCUUCAGGACCUGGAGGAGAAGGAGGCCGGCCAGAGGGCCAGGUUGUCAGGCCUCAACCUAGAUAUUGAUAUGAUCCUGGACGACAUCAGGAACCUGGAGGACAUCCACGCCAACAUCCCUAAGGGCUGCUUCAACACCCCACCUAUUGAGAAACCUUAAUCCCCCUAUUCAAAGAUCUAAUGUUCCACCCCAAAUGGCACCCUAUUUCCUCUAUAGUGCAUAAGGGCCCAAAGGGCUCUGGUCAAAAAGUAGUGCACUAUAUAGGGAGCAGGGCUCCAUUUGGGGUGCCAUUUGGGAUGCCUAAGUGUUUGGAAAAUAAUUCUGAAUGUGUUAUGGUAUUACGUGUGAGAAAAAUGUGUGUUAAACUAAAUGUAUUUAUAACUGUCUGCAAAAAAAAAUUCUGUGAAGUUUUAGACUCCAGAGAAGCAAUAUUUUCAGUGAUCUAGUAAGUGUUGAAAACAAUGUAUUUUCUGUUGUAUUCUGUAAAA